CUCCGGGCUGUGCUCUCCGUUUCCAUCCGCUCAGCUUUUCCGGCGAAUCCAAAACCUCUUCGACACCGUAUAUCACUAUUUCAUCCAGGUUCGCUAACCGAUAACUUGGAGACGAAGAAAUUCAAACGCAUGUCUUAUCAAGCCGGAAUCCAAACAAGGAAUUUCCCGGCACCUAUGUGGAGAGCAGUGCCGAUUAGUCAUUGUGAUUUACUUCCUUGAAUUGUGAGACUGGAAGAGAUCAUGCAGGGGCUUCACAACCACCAGCAGCAGUUAGCGGCACUCCUUGCGGCGGCGCUUCCCAAGGACGACCCCUCUAAAUCAACACAAACGGCACCGCUGCCGCCAACUUGGUCGCCGUCACAGCCGUCUUCAUCCACUGCGCCACCAUCACGGGAAGACGAUUCCUCCAGAAUAGCAGCCAUAGCCUCACUUCACAGCGCUAUUGUCUAUCCCCCUAAUUCCAUCCUCGUCAGUCACUCCGCCUCUUUUUUAGCUCAGGGAUUCUCCCAGCUUCUAUUGGACAAGUGCUAUUCAGUGCGUCACCCGGCUGCUAGAGGUUAUGGUGCUUUGUGCGCUGUGAUUUGUUCUAUUUCCAUGGGCCCAAGUGGAAGGCAGAACCAUGUCGUACUUGGAAGUUUGGUUGACCAGUUCAUUAGUUGGGCUUUGUCAUUGAUUGGGAAUGUUGGAGAUGUGUCGUGGGAUGUUGCUCUGGAAGGUCUUCACGAGUUUUUAACUAUAGGGGAUGCUGGAGCAGUUGAGAGAUUUGCUUUGCCAAUUCUCAAAUCUUGCCAAGACGUUCUUGAAGAUGAGAGGACCUCCUUCAAUUUACUUAGUAGGCUACUUGAUGUUUUAACACUAAUCUCUUUGAAGUUCUUUAGAUGUUUCCAGCCACAUUUUGUAGAUAUUGUUGAUCUACUUCUUGGAUGGGUGCUGGUACCAGACAUUGCAGAUUCUGAUAGACGUGUUAUUAUGGAUAGUUUCUUGCAGUUUCAGAAAUACUGGGUGAAUAACAUGCAGUUCUCCCUGGGACUGCUCUCAAAAUUUUUGGGAGAUAUGGAUGUUUUGCUUCAAGAUGGAAGCCCUGGUACUUUGCAGCAAUUCCAAAGAUUACUUGCUCUGCUCUCUUGCUUUACUUCGGUGUUACAGUCCAUGGCAUCAGGUUUGUUGGAGAUGAACAUCCUUGAAAAAAUCAACGAACCUCUUUGCAAAAUGGUUCCUAUUCUGUUGGGGUGCAUAUCUUUAAUUGGAAGGAAAUUCGGCUGGUCAAGAUGGGUAGAAGAUUCUUGGAAAUGUUUAACUUUAUUGGCAGAGAUUUUAACGGAUCAGUUUUCGCCAUUCUACAGCAUUGCUGCUGACAUUCUGUUUCAAAGCUUGGACAUGGAAGGUAAAGAUCAAGCUAUAGGGUCAACGACGCUUACUUCCGUUCAGGUUCAUGGGGUUCUAAAAACCAAUUUACAGUUGCUGUCUUUGCAAAAGCUUGGACUUUCUCCACCAUCUGUGCACAAAAUUUUACACUUUAGUGCACCUAUAUCCAAGCUGCGCUUGCAUCCAAACCGCUCAGUGACAGGAAGUUGUGCUGCUACAUAUAUCUUCUUGCUUCAACAUGAAAAGAAUGAAAUUGUUGAAAUGUCAGUAAGUACAGUGCUGGAAGAGCUUGAGCCAUUGAGAAGAGCACUUGGAAGAACUUUUUGUUGCGGGGAUAAUUUAUGUAAUAUUGCAGUGCCCAAGUCUUAUUCAAAAUCUGAACUGGUUGCAUUAAUCAAAUUUAAUUUAACAGUGUUGAUAAGCUGUGUUUCUUUGGUUGGGUCAGGCAGUUUUAAUGGCCAAGGAGAAACUGAUACCCUAUGCAUUAGUAGGUCAGAAAAAUUGAUUCCUCGUAUCACCGACGUACUGGACCCUUUUAACUCCAUUAUGCAGAAUGAUGUGGAGUUGCAAGUCACCGUUGUGAGAACGUUAGAAAGGCUGGCUGUAGUAGAAUUUUUAUGCAGGUGCUCCUUGGCCAAACAAAGAACUGGAGAAGCUUCCCAACCGUCAGCAUCACAAAAUUCCCACAAGGAUGAAGAUUGGAGGCACCAACUUCCAGCUAUAAUCUUACAACACCUGAAAAAAUUUCGUAAUCUUCUUUGCAAAGCUAUUCAUCCUUCAUCUCCAUUCACACUUAGGAUAGAAGGACUGCAAUGGAUGUAUACAUUAUCUGGACAUGUUAUUAGCAUAUAUGAGAAUCCAAAGACACCAUUUUUUCCUUGCGACGUUUCUGGCUAUGUUGAGGUUUUCCAGGAUUUGUUGUUUUCUGUUUUGGGCGCUGCUUCAGACAGUGAAUAUAAAGUGAGGUCUCUUGUGGCAUCAGUACUGGAGAGGCUUCUGCAAGCUAAACUCAUCCAUCCCGCACAUUUCCUUCUUACUGCUGAGAUUGUCCUUUUAAAACUUGGUGAUCCAGAUAACGACAUAAGAAAUGCUUUUGUAAGGGUGCUUUCAGUAGUGCUACCUCUAGCAGUGUAUUUUUGUUUUCUCAAUGAUGAUGGACUUUCUACAACAUGCAGACCAGGAGAUUGUAAAAUAAGUAGCAGAUCCAACUUGCAGUGGAAGCAACUUUUUGCACUCAAGCAGCUACCACAGCAACUUCAUUCACAUCAGCUUGUUUCCAUUCUCAGUUACCUUGCACAGCGAUGGAAAGUUCCACUUUCUUCUUGGAUCCAUAGGCUUAUUUGCAACUGUAGAAGGUCAAACAUUAUCUCUUUGACCCAGCUUGAGGAGACAGCUGAUGAUGGCACUAAUGGAUUGUUGUGGGAUAUCAAAGUGGAUGAGGAGACACUUGAAAGAGCUUGCUCCACCGAUAUCCUUGCUGGUGCAUGGUGGGCUAUAAAUGAAGGGGCUAGAUAUUGUAUUACUACGCGCCUCAGAACUAAUCUUGGGGGGCCAACACAAACUUUUGCUGCAUUGGAGCGCAUGCUUCUGGAUGUUGCGAAUGUGCUAAAACUUGAUGCUGAUGAAAGUGAUGGGACCUUAAAUAUCAUUAGCUCUUCUUAUGCCCACUUGUUGCCUAUGAGAUUAUUAUUUGAUUUUGUCGAAGCUUUGAAGAAAAAUGUAUACAAUGCAUAUGAAGGAUCACUUGUUUUACCUUGUGCUUCUAGGCAGAGUUCUUUAUUUUUUAGGGCAAAUAAAAAGGUGUGUGAGGAAUGGUUUUCCAGGAUAUGUGAGCCAAUGAUGAAUGCUGGAUUAGCACUUCAUUGUCAUGAUGCUGCAGUUCAUUAUUGUGCUUUGCGUUUACAGGAGCUUAAAAAUCUUGUUGCUUCAUCAAUGAGAGAAAAGUCAAGAGCCCAACUGGCUGAUAACCUUCAAAAUAUCAGAGGUAGGCUUUCUGGAGAUGUUAUGAGAGUUUUGCGACAUAUUACAUUGGCUUUAAGCAAAAGUCACGAGCCGGAGGCAUUAAUUGGCAUACAAAAAUGGGCUACUACAGCGUUUUCUUCAUUGUUUAAAGAUGACAAGCAGUAUGUUAAUGACAGAGGGACACUGGGGUGUUUUUCUUGGAUUAAUGGGUUGGUGUAUCAAGCUAAGGGUCAGCAUGAAAAAGCUGCUGCUCACUUUAUUCAUUUGUUACAGACUGAAGACUCACUUACACUUAUGGGCUCUGACGGUGUGCAAUUUACCAUAGCUCGUAUCAUAGAGAACUAUGUAGCAGUUUCUGAUUGGAAGUCUCUUGAAUCAUGGCUGUUGGAAUUGCAAACACUUCGUGCCAAGCAUGCUGGAAAAAGUUACUCAGGUGCAUUAACCACUGCUGGCAAUGAAAUAAACUCUAUACAGGCAUUGGCUCACUUCGAUGAGGGUGAGCUACAGGCAGCAUGGUCAUGCCUUGAUUUAACCCCAAAAAGUAGCAAUGAACUAACCCUUGAUCCGAAAUUGGCACUUCAAAGGAGUGAACAAAUGCUCUUGCAGGCUAUGCUUUACCAAAUUGAUGGAAAGGUGGACAAGGUGGCACAGGAGUUGCAGAAGGCAAAGUCAAUGCUGGAGGAGCCAUUGUCUGUUUUACCCCUCGAUGGGCUGUCAAGGGCAACACCAUAUGUCAACCAGUUAUAUUGUCUCUUGGCAUUUGAAGAUGGUUCUAAGCUCAAUGAAGACCAACACCAAAGUUUUCCAUCGCUAUUAAAUUCAUAUCUUCAAACAAUGUAUUUCCCUAUCAACCAGAUUCAUCAGGAUUGCAGUAUAUGGCUAAAAGUUCUGCGAGUGUAUAGAACUGCACAUCCAUCUUCUCCUUUAACACUUAAGCUUUGCAACAAUGUGAUGAGCCUUGCCCGUAAGCAAGGAAACAUAAGAUUGGCACAUCGUCUUGAAAAAUAUCUGACGGACAAUAUAUCUACUUGCCCACAGGGCAGUACACGUGAUAAUAUAAUUUCUUGUUUGAAUUAUGAGCGAAUAAUACUGAAGUAUGCUGAAAACAAGAUUGAAGAUGCAUUCACCACUAUGUGGUCAGUUCUGCGUCCUUGCAUGGUCUCACCGUCAGCUGCAUCUUCUAAUUACUUUGACAAUGCUUUGAAGGCAAAGGCAUGUCUGAAACUCUCUCGUUGGUUAAAACACAACACUUCACAUGCAGGAUUGAAAGAUACAGUCCUCAAAAUGAAAGAUGACUUCAAUUGCCAUGAAAAUUAUUGUGGCAAAGAAGGAUCUAGUUUUUAUUAUGCCCCUCUACCUUCAAAGGAAAAUGUGAACCUUAUUUAUGAGGAAUUUAUGGGCACUGCUACAAAGUUGUCUUCUCUUCUGUGCCCCACCAUGGGAAAGUCAUGGAUAUCAUAUGCUGUUUGGUGUUUAACUCAAGCUAGAUCAUCCAUGCUCGUACCUGCUGAAAGUGCCCUCCAGUAUUGUACAUUUUCUCCCAUUCUUACUUCUGAACUUCUUCCCGGAAGGUUUAGGUUAACGAAUGAAGAGUUAUUGGAAGUGAAAGAGAUUGUUUUUCAAUUACUUUGGAAUAUAUCUCUUGUAAAAGAGUUGAAUGAAAAUGAGGGAGAUUUUGAUUUGAGUUUCAGAUCUUCUGAACAUAUAGCAAAUGAAGGUCAUACUAGGCCUUUAUUGCAGCGGAUUGUAGAUAUUAUCGAGUCUGAAGCUGGAGCUCCUGGAACUGAAGAUUUUUGCGGGGAACGUCUGUGUGCGACUGUAACUUCUAAGUUGCAGAAAUGCUUUGAAACAAUGAAGUUACCCAUGGAAGAAGCUUCUUUGGUUUCCCUGAUUGGUGAUUUGGUUGAUAUUUGGUUGUCUUUGAGGAGGAGGAGAAUCUCUCUUUUUGGUCAUGCGGCCCAAGGGUUUUUGAAUUUCCUUUCACAUACAUCUUCAAGAAGUUUUGAUGGACAAUUAAAUGGAUUUGAUAGAGUUUCAAAGUAUAAGACCAUGAGUUAUACUCUCAAAGCCACACUAUAUGUCUUGCAUAUUCUUGUCAAUUAUGGACUUGAGCUAAAAGAUACCAUUGGGCCUGCAUUUUCUGCAGUUCCUAUGCUACCAUGGCAGGAAAUAAUUCCUCAACUUUUUGCUCGAUUGUGCUCCCAUCCCGAGCAAGUAGUUCGGAAGCAGGUAGAGAGCUUACUAGUAAUGCUAUCGAAGCUGUCUCCUUGGUCAGUUGUGUAUCCAACUCUUGUUGAUGUUAAUUCUUGUGAAAAGGAACCUCCUGAAGAGCUUCGCCAGAUACUAGCUUGUUUGAACAAGCUAUAUCCUAAAUUAGUUCAAGAUGCCCAGAUGAUGAUUAAAGAACUUGAAAAUGUAACAGUCCUUUGGGAGGAACUUUGGCUCAGCACUCUUCAAGAUCUUCAUGCAGAUGUAAUGAGACGCAUACAUUUGCUGAAAGACGAGGCUGCACGAAUUGCAGACAAUGUAACUCUGAGCCAUGGGGAGAAGAGUAAGAUAAAUGCUGCUAAAUACUCGGCGAUGAUGGCUCCUAUAGUUGUUGUUUUAGAGCGGCGCUUAUCUUCUACUUCUCGAAAACCUGAAACACCUCAUGAAAUGUGGUUCGAUGAAGUUUACAAAGAGCAAAUUAAAUCUGCAAUUUCAAACUUCAAGAUACCUCCUGCAUCCAGUGCUGCACUUGGGGAUGUUUGGCGACCAUUUAACAACAUUGCUGUGUCUUUGGCAUCUUAUCAAAGGAAGUCACCAAUAUCCCUAGCUGAAGUUGCUCCACAGCUGGCUCUUCUCUCAUCAUCUGACGCUCCAAUGCCGGGUCUCGAGAAGCAAAUAAUAUAUUCUGAACCAGAAGAGGGUGCUACUGCUCCCAAGGAAAUUAUCACAAUUGCUUCGUUCUCUGAACAAGUAACUAUUUUAUCAACCAAAACAAAACCGAAAAAGAUUUUGAUUGUGGGGUGUGAUGGGGAAAAGUACAUCUAUCUGCUAAAAGGGAGAGAAGAUCUGCGUCUUGAUGCAAGGAUCAUGCAGCUACUUCAAGCAAUAAAUGGCUUACUACAUUCUUCAUCUUUAACUGUAGGUCAGCCUGUUGGCAUUCGCUUUUACUCUGUGACUCCCAUUAGUGGACGUGCCGGUCUCAUUCAGUGGGUUGAUAAUGUAGUAAGCAUUUAUAGUGUCUUUAAGGUCACCGUCUCAGCCCAAGUCCAACUACUCCACUUCUCCCUUCAUGAAAACCUAGAAAUGAAUGAGACUCCUAACCACCUUCUUCAUCAUGAGCUCUGGUGUGCAAGUGAAGGGUUCAGAGCCUUCCAUUCAAAACAAAAGAGGUAUUCUGGCAGCUUAGCAGCCAUGAGUAUUGUUGGCCACAUGCUUGGCUUAGGAGAUCGGCAUUUAGAUAAUAUUCUUAUUGAUUUUUGUACUGGUGACAUAGUGCAUAUCGAUUACAAUGUGUGUUUUGAUAAAGGGAAAAGACUAAAGAUCCCCGAAAUUGUGCCAUUCCGCUUGACUCAGACAAUUGAAGCAGCUUUAGGCAUCACUGGGGUUGAGGGUACUUUUAGAGCAAACUGUGAAGCAGUUCUUGGUGUUCUGAAGAAAAACAAGGACAUAAUUUUGAUGCUCUUGGAAGUCUUUGUUUGGGAUCCCCUUGUAGAUUGGACACGUGGAGAUGUUCAUGAUGAUGCAGCAAUUUUUGGUGAGGAAAGAAAGGGGAUGGAGCUUGCAGUAAGCUUGAGUUUAUUUGCUUCCCGCAUGCAAGAAAUUCGUGUUCCCUUGCAGGAGCAUCAUGAUCUUUUAGUAUCAACUUUACCCGCUGUCGAAUCUGCUCUUGAGAGACUUUCAACCAUCCUAAACCAGUAUGAGAUCGUCUCUGCUCUUUUCUACCGCGCUGACCAAGAGAGAUCUAACCUUGCUAUACAAGAGACGUCUGUAAAGUCGAUUGUUGCCGAAGCAUCUUCCAAAUCAGAAAAAAUCCAAGCAUCACUUCAAAUGCAGGCUAGACAAUUCGCACAAGCACAAGCCAUGGUAGUGGAGAAAACUCAAGAAGCUACAACCUGGAUUGAGCAACAUGGCAGAGUUCUUGAUGCUAUCAGAAGCAAUUUAGUCCCAGAAAUUAAUGCACAUAUAAAUCUGAAUGAUGCAGAGCAUACCUUUUCUUUGACAUCGGCCGUGCUAGCAGCUGGAGUCCCUUUAACAGUUGUUCCUGAGCCCACCCUUGCUCAGUGCCAAGAUAUAGACAGGGAAGUUUCUCAGCUAGUUGUAGAGCUGGAUCAUGGACUUUCUUCGGCAGCAAGUGCUCUUCAAACAUAUUGCCUUGCCCUGCAAAGAAUUUUGCCACUUAAUUACCAUACAACUAGUCCAGUGCAUGAUUGGUCACAGAUUUUGCAGCUUGCUGCAAAUGCUCUUUCUUCUGACAUUUUGUCACUCAGUAGAACGCAAGCAAGCGAACUUAUUGGAAAGUCGCCUAUGGGCGAAUUUGAUGCAGUUAAAAUCAGAUACAAUGAGCUUUGUUUUAAAGUAGGACAAUAUGCUGCAGAAAUAGGGAGACUAGAAGAAGAGUGUGCAGAGUUGGCGAGCUCCAUUGGACAAGAAACUGAAUCAAAGGCUAAGGAGUGUCUUUUGUCUGCCUUCUUGAAGUGCAUGCAGCCCACUAGUCUUGAGAGGAAGGAAGAUUCCAGUGAAGUGGGAUCAUUAAGUCUUAAAGAACUACAAGAUGCUGGAUAUCUAGAAAAGUUUGAAGUGAACAAGCCAAAACUUCCAACUAUUUUAACUGUUGCAGUCUGUUCUUUAUAUAGUGACAUCAAGCAUAAGUUAGUUGGUGGCUUAACUAGUUUCACAGGAGCAGAGAUUCUGCCACAGUCCAAUUUGGGAGCCCUUUUCUGUGAAUUUGAAGAACAGACAGAGAAAUGCAUGCUUAUAGCUAGUUUUUUAAACGAAAUGCAUCGGUAUAUCAGCCCAGUUUUAGACUCUGCUGCCUUUCCAUUUGAGGUCAACUGGGCAUCAGUGUUCAAGACCAGUCUGCUUUCAUGCAAAAAAUUAGUCCAGGAAAUGAUUGAGUGUGUUUUGCCCGAAGUCAUGAAAACUGUGAUUAUGUUCAAUUCAGAAGUUAUGGAUGCUUUUGGCUCAAUCUCUCAAAUCCGCAGAUCAAUUGAUAUAGCACUUGAGCAGCUUAUUGAAGUGGAAGUAGAGAAGGCUUCUUUAAUUGAGCUUGAAAAAAAUUACUUUGUAAAGGUUGGUGUCAUCACAGAACAACAGUUAGCUCUUGAAGAAGCUGCCAUCAAGAGUAGAGAUCAUUUAUCUUGGGAAGAAGCCGAUGAACUAGCGUCACAAGAGGAAGUUUGUAGAGCCCAACUAGACAAACUUCACCGGACAUGGAACCAGAAGGAUAUGCGAACGUCAUCUCUUGUGAAGAAAGAAACUAAUAUCAGGAGUGCUUUGGUGUCCUCUGAGGAUAAUUUGCAAUCUCUAAUUAUUACGGAAGAGGAUAGAAAAACACAUGCCCUUAGAAGCAGAGUGCUUCUGACUCUAUUAUUGCAACCCUUUUCUGAGUUAGAGUCAGUGGAUAAAGCAUUAUCUUCGCUUGGUCUACCUAUUGCAUCUAGUACCACUGGGAUUUCUCAUCUUGCAAGCUCAAUGAAUUCAGGAAACCUGAUGUCUGGGUAUAUAUGGAAUUUUCUGGGCAUAGUAUCUAGCAGUAAUGCUUUUUUUAUAUGGAAGAUUUCCAUGGUUGAUUCUUUUCUUGACUCCUGUGCGCAUUAUGCUGGAUUACCUGUUGCUCAAAAUUUGGGAUUUGACCAGCUAGUGGACGCGGUAAAGAAGGUAAUUGAACCACAGCUUCAGAAAGGUGUUGGGCAGUACCUUAAAGAGAGAGUCGCUCCUCUUCUUUUGGAAAUGUUAGAGAAAGAAACUGAAUCACUUAAGAAAAUGGCAGAGUCAAGCAAAGACCUUACAUUUGAUCAGAUUAAGAAUAGUUUAGAGACUAUACAAGAAGUGCAAAUUAUGCUUGAGGAGUACUGCAAUGCACACGAAACUGUCAGAGCAGCAAGGUCAGCCAUUUCUCUCAUGAAGAGGCAGGUGAAUGAGUUAAAGGACAACCUUCUGAAGACUAGUUUGGAAAUUGUUCAGAUGGAAUGGAUGUAUGAUAUGACUGUGAGCCCGUUGCAAAGCCACAAAAUGAUGUCUCAUAAAUUUCUUGCAAGUGGUGACAAAAUAAUUCCAAUUCUUCUUAAUAUCAGCAGACCAAAAUUGAUCGAAAGUUUGCAAUCAUCCAUUGCAAAGAUAGCUAAAUCACUAGAAGGAAUACAUGUGUGUGAGAGAACAUUUGUCAAUGCAGAAGGGCAACUAGAGAGAGCAAUGGGCUGGGCUUGCGGAGGUGGGUGUACCAGUGCAUCUAGUAAUGCAUCAGUAAAGAAUCCAGGAAUACCCCUUGAAUUUCAUGAACAUCUUAUUAGGCGCAGGCAGUUGUUGUCUGAAACUCGAGAAAAGGCGUCAGAUGUGAUGAAACUAUGCAUCUCUAUUUUGGAAUUUGAAGUGUCAAGGGAUGGAUUUUUUCGGGGUUCAGAAGAACUUUGUACAUCAAGGAUUAAUUCAGAUGGAAGGAUCUGGGAGCAAGCUUACCUUAAUUCUAUAACAAAUUUGGAAGAUUCAUUUCACUCUUUUACAAGAACUGAACAAGAAUUGAAACACGCACAGAGCAGUGUGGAGAUAGCUUCCAGUAGUUUACUCACUGCAGCUAAUGAACUCUGCAUUGCUUCUGUCAAAGCAACUUCGGCAUCAGGGGGUCUGCAAAAUACUAUUCUUGCAAUGAGGGAUUGUGUUUAUGAAGCAAGUGUUGCCCUAUCGGCCUUCGGAAGCAUUUCAAGAAGGCAUACUGCUAUGACAUCUGAAUGUGGCUCCAUGCUUGAAGAGGUCCUAGCUGUAACAGAAGGGGUGCAUGAUGUUCACAGUAUAGCAAAGGAGGCUGUGGCUUUGCAUUCCUCCAUGAUGGAAGAUUUGUCAAAGGUCUGUACUAUUUUACUUCCACUUGAAACUCUGCUAUCGAAGGAUGCUACUGCCCUGUCUGAAGCAAUGGCGAAGGAGAAAGAGACAAAUGCAGAGAUAUCACCAGUCCAUGGACAAGCAAUUUUCCAGUCUUACCACUCAAAAAUCCAGGAAACUUAUCAAUCAUUCAAGCCUUUGGUUCCCUUUGUUACAUCAUCUGUCAAAGGACUUCUAUCCAUGCUCACCAAGCUAGCACAAUCUGCAAGUCUACAUGCAGGAAACCUUCACAAAGCUCUUGAAGGAUUAGGAGAAAUCCAGGAAAUCAGUUCAGAUGAUCUUAAUCCAUUACAUCCUGAUAUCUUUAAUCUUGAUAACAUUUACAACAUGAAAAAUGAGAUUUCUGGAAGUGACGGGGAGACAGGUGAAAUUUUUAUUGAUGUGAGCCAACUUUCGUUGAACGAAAAAGGUUGGAUAUCCCCCCCUGAAAGCAUAGCCAGUGGCAGCUCAAAUUCUGGGGUCACAUCAUCUCAGACAAGUCUAACAGAUAAUUCAAGCGGACCAGAUAGCAUCGAACCAAUUCGUCAUAGUGUUGGUGGCAGGGAGGAGCAUUCUCAUCUGUCCCCUUCCGCUGGAAUUCCUCUUCCAAAACUCUCAUCUUCUGAACCACCAAUAUAUCAAAAUAUACAGGAAAUUUCUGGAUUGAAAUUGUUGCCAAAAGUUGAAGCAUUGCCAUCCAGCCAAGUAAAGGGUGAGGGCACUAAUGAACCUGUGUUUACAAAUGCUGGAGCCUCUAGUCGGACCAGAGGGAAAAAUCAUUAUGCUGUGUCAAUUUUGAAGCGAAUGGAGAUGAAAUUAGAUGGUCGAGAUAUUGUAGAUGACAGAGAGUUAACUGUGGGCGAUCAGGUGGAUUAUUUGCUCAAGCAGGCAACCAGUAUAGAUAAUCUUUGCAAUAUGUAUGAGGGAUGGACACCUUGGAUCUGAAAGGUCUUUUAGAAUUCUUCACCAUCUGCAGAACUGCUUUGUUCAAGAAGUUUGGGGGCAGGAGGUCUGUUCGGGACUCUAAGAAGUACCUGGAGCGCUCGCCUAUACGCAUGAUAU